CGAUCCGCCGGCCGCGCCGCUGCAGAGCGGAGCGGUGCCCAAACGGCGGAGCGCAGUGAGAGCCAUGGCUAGAGAUGGCGAGGGACGCGGCCAGACACCCGCCGCGGCUGCGGAGCCUGGCCUGAGGGAGCGGGGGCCCUAGGACCGACCCGACGGCGUAAUCCAACAACGGGGGGGAAAAAAAAAUAAAUCGGGGGGGGGGGGGGGCGAAUAAGAGAGAAGGAAAAGCCACCAGCCCGGCAGCAGCAGCAGCACCGCCACCAGCCCACAGCGCCCGCCCGCCGCCGCCGGCCCGCGGGAGGAACCGGCCCGCGGCCGCCGCGAAGAGCUCCGGGACGCCCCGCCGCCCACCAGAUAGAUGUGCGGUCCAGCCGCUCGCACGGCUGACGAUGAACGCGCAGCUGGCGAUGGAGAACAUAGGGGAUCUGCACGGGGUGAGCCAUGAGCCGGUGCCCGCCGCCGCCGACCUGAUGAGCGGCAGCCCCCACCACCGGAGCGCGGUGGCUCACCGCGGCAGCCACCUGCCGGCCCACCCGCGCUCCAUGGGCAUGGCGUCCAUCCUCGACGGCGGCGACUACCACCAUCACCACCGGCCCCCCGACCACGCGCUGACGGGCCCCCUGCACCCCACCAUGACAAUGGCCUGCGAGACACCCCCCGGCAUGAGCAUGAGCAGUACCUACACCACGCUAACCCCCCUGCAGCCUCUACCUCCCAUUUCGACCGUCUCGGACAAGUUCCCUCACCACCACCACCACCACCACCACCACCACCCCCACCAGCGGAUACCGGGCAACGUGAGCGGCAGCUUCACGCUCAUGCGGGACGAGAGGGGUCUGGCAUCUAUGAACAAUCUCUACACCCCCUACCAUAAGGAUGUUACCGGCAUGGGGCAAAGCCUCUCUCCGUUGUCUGGAUCGGGCCUGGGGAGCAUCCACAACUCCCAGCAAGGGCUGCCCCACUACGCUCACCCCAGUGCCACCAUGCCCGCCGAGAAAAUGCUCACCCCGAACGGAUUUGAAGCCCACCACCCUGCCAUGUUAGCCAGGCAUGGCGACCAACACCUCACCCCCACCUCUGCUGGCAUGGUGCCUAUCAACGGGAUCCCACACCACCCCCAUGCCCACUUGAAUGCCCAGAGCCACGGGCAGAUCCUGGGCUCUGCCAGGGAGCAAAACCCUUCUGUAACUGGUUCGCAGGUCAACAGUGGAAGUAAUUCAGGGCAAAUGGAAGAAAUCAAUACCAAAGAAGUAGCUCAGAGGAUCACCACCGAGCUCAAGCGGUACAGCAUCCCCCAGGCUAUCUUCGCCCAGAGGGUGCUGUGCCGCUCUCAAGGGACCCUCUCAGACCUGCUGAGGAACCCCAAGCCCUGGAGCAAGCUCAAAUCCGGCCGGGAGACCUUCCGCAGGAUGUGGAAGUGGCUCCAAGAGCCGGAGUUUCAGCGGAUGUCUGCUCUGCGGCUGGCAGCGUGCAAGAGGAAAGAGCAAGAGCACGGGAAGGAUAGAGGGAAUACACCCAAAAAGCCUCGGUUGGUCUUCACAGAUGUCCAGCGUCGAACUCUACAUGCAAUAUUCAAAGAAAAUAAGCGUCCAUCCAAAGAAUUGCAAAUCACCAUUUCCCAGCAGCUUGGGUUGGAGCUGAGCACCGUCAGCAACUUUUUCAUGAAUGCACGGAGGAGGAGUCUGGAUAAGUGGCAAGACGAGGGCAGCUCCAAUUCAGGCAACUCAUCUUCUUCAUCAAGCACUUGUACCAAAGCAUGAAGGAAUAACCACGAACUAAGCCUCGGUGGAAAAGCUUUAAAAAUAAAUAAAUAAAUAAAUAAAGACCAGGACCUCAAGAUAGCAGGUUUAUACUUAGAACUAUUUGAAAAAAAUGUUAUUUAUAAGUCCAAAGAAACCAAAGACUUAUUUCACCUGCAUUAUGACUUUGUUCUAAGACACACACUUUAGUAGGAUGACGACUUGCAAAAAAUAGAGAGGAAGAAGAAAGCAAAAUGGAGGGAAUGAAACGGAAUGCAAAGAGAAACAGACCACUGGUCUUACACCUUCACCCAUUAUCAUCUUCACUGUACUUGGCUGUUUAGUGGUUUGGAGCAUAGUGGUUUCUUGUCAUUGAACGGACGUCUCUUCAGAUAUGGCUCUUCAUUUCUACAGCAAUUGCCAUGAAGGUGUAUAGUGUGUCCAUACUGCGUACACGCCGGUGGUUAGGGACUUAGUCAGGGCUGGUCUUCAGAGAGGGUUGUGCCAUGGCACGGCCAACAAAGCGUGGAGUCGUCUGAAUUCGUUUGAACGGUAGUGUGAUUUUUGCUGUUUCAUGGUUUGAACUUAACCAGUGCAAUGCCUGGAAACAAGUUCAAACUAGGCAAAGAAAUUUUGAAUGGUACCUAAACCAGUGCAUUCUCUUUGUUUGUUAAGGAAUGUUCAGAUUUAAAAAAGGAAAACUAUUCCAUCCAUUAAAAAAAAAAAUCAAUUAGCUACCAAAGAACACAUUUAAUAAUUAUAUUGCAGGUAUUUUAUUGCAAUGAUUUUAAUAUUCCAAAGCUAUUUUUACACAAAAUACUAUGUAGAGUUAUAGGUAUAAACUAAUCUAACUGUAUAACACAUAAAACUUGUAAUCAAGACUGUUAUUUGCAAUUAGUAAAAUCACAUUAUUGUUUCUUUCCGUGAUUGGCAAGAAAGAAUGUCAUCUGAGGAAAUCACAGCCCAUGUUGGAGCACAGGUACUGAUAAUGGGAUGCUGCUUCCACUGAAGUCAGUCAGCCUUUUUGUUGCUGACUUCAACAGGAGGAAAACAAAAAAGGGGCUGUUACAGCCAUGUGUAACAUUGUGUGGUAGCUAUCAUGUGUGCAUCCCCUUAUUACGCUCUCCCAGGCUGAUAUUGCUGGAAGCCCCUUGAACAGCGCUCUUUGCAAACCAUGCACUGUAUAUAAAUACAGCUCAGCUCUGCCACCUAGCCUGCAAACAGGAGACCUGAAGCAUUUUGUAUGCAAAAUCGAAAAGAAUUGCAAAAUAUAAAACCACAGGGCUCAGCAUCUGAUCAAUACCCAUUGACAUUAGAGAGCUUUUUUUCACUUAUCUACUUUACUAGGCAAAGGAAUAGCAAUAGCUUUGAAGGCUCAUGGUAUUUUGCUAUUGGUACAACAUAGUUAAUGUUGGUGGGAAGAGCUCCAACAGCAGCUCCAGUAGUGCUUUUGGAAGGCUGAAUUUUGGUGCCUCUGAAGUCAAUAACAAAAUUCCCAUGAUACCGAGAUACAGCCUGACAUUUGUGGCAUCAUAUCUGUGUGUAGCAGGAUAAGCUUUUGUCCUGUGCAUUCUUUCUUGCUCAUCUAUUAAUCAGGAUAAUGCAUGAAAUAGUUUAAAUUUGUAGCUGAAAAGUUUUAUGCUCUGUUGCUAACAGACCCGUAGAAGAGAUAUUAUCCCAUUCCUACUCUGGUAAAAUUAAAAAGAAAAGCGUGCAACAUCUGCAUAUUAAAUUUUAGUGUAAGGGGAAAAUACGCUUUAAAAACCAUACAUGUGCCUGUUAGAUUUCUAACCGGUGUUUCAAAUUACUGUACUAAUUCUACUAGGUAUAUUAAAUUCCAAAAUAACCAAAUAUGCAGGUAUAGGCCCAAUGCAAGGAUUAGAAAUAGGUAAUAUUACUUACACCCCUUUUUUUAAAAAAAAGAGAAAGGGAAAUUCAAGGUAAACUAGAAUCCAACCACCAUCAACAAUAGCAGAUACUGGUUUUGGGGAUGAAGCACACUCAGAAUACUAGCAACACCAAAGUUAAGCAACUUUGUAGCACCAGUUAUUUCCCAAGAGGACAGGGUCUAGUCAACGUUCAGGGUAUACAGUUAAUUUCCAGUAAGUGUUUAGGAUACAGCUCAAAUAUCUCUUCAUUAAAAUAAAGUCAAAUAAAACCAAGAUUUUUGGCACUGAAUAUUUCUCCACCUUUUCCUACAUUAAACCCACUUUAAGACUGACAAAGCAAUUGUCAAUGAAAAUUAUCUAAUCCAUGAGUUUUUCGAAUCUCUAGCUUACCUUAAAUUUUAGCGAGCUUUCUUUAAAGUGUUCCAUCCUCAAGGAGGCAUAAUUGACAUAGAAACAUUGAUAAACUCACGUAUAAAGCAUCUUUUGAAAGCAGUCUCAUUAGUGUAAGGUUAAUAAAGGACAGUGAUAACUAAUGUUUUAUUUUUUCCAGCAACACACUGCUUUGUAACGUACCUAUAGUUUAGAAAAGAAAGCCUUAUUUAUUUAAAACUUGAGAAUUUAAAAAUGCAGGGAAAUUCAAAGUACAUUGCCACAUUUUUUAGUAUUUCAUCAUAUUGUCUUUAGAGACUACUUGCUGAAACCAAAGAGAACUUUCAUACCAGCAUUACAUUUGCACCCAAUAUGCAAUUUCAGGAUCUCUGAUACACACACACGCAAGCCCCUGAAUAGGUCUGUGUAUAUAUACACUCACACACAUUUUUAUGGGGGUGUAUGUAUGUAUACAUGCGCACACAUACAUCCACAUACACUAAAACUGAUGCACAAGUUGCAGAUGUUAAGUGUUUCGGGUUUUUUACAUGUCUGUUUAAGUAUAUAUAAACCUUUUGGUUUUUUAUAAGCCAUUAGGAGCGAAACCACUCUUCCCAUAAGCAAUAUGCGCUUCAUACUCUGAACAGGCAAAGAACACACUUUUCUUUAGUUCCCUUCAAAACGAGAAGUGAAUAACUAUGGAACUGCUCGUUCUACCUGUAAAGCUGUUUUACCUCUGAGCAGACUGCCCAGCUGCACCGGCUGAAGCAUGGACAGGUUACCUGGUGCUCCCUGGCUUGGAUCGUUGCCAUUCAUUAGCAGGGCAUCCUUAAAGGGGAGCUUUUUUUCUAAUGCUGUGCUUAACAUUAGACACGAAAGCCUGUCUCUGUCGUAUUAGUAUUAGUCUUUCGGUUCACUUAAUUCCUGACAAAAUGGAAACUGGUUUCAUAUUCAACAAAAGGGCCUAAAAAUCUGCCAGAAAGGGCUAGGAGAGGGAGCAGAACCUAAAACAAUUUGGGAGCAUCUGGAGAUGGGGCUUCAGCCAAAGGUGACUCCAUGGGUGAGAGGGCAUUAGGAAUGUGCAUUCGGCUCAUAGGCUGCAUCCAAACCUGACCACAGUGACCCACAAGGGGAGGCUGGCCAAGAGGAAAACUGUCUGCAUCCAUCCCCAUUGUAAAUGGCAUUAUUAGCUUCCCAGGAAAAAAAAAAUUCAGACCGACCCAUACCACUACGUUGGCUCCCACAUUGCUUUCUAGGGGCCUCAGCCUCCUCUCCUUACUCAGGUAAAGAAAACCCAACAAGAGCAAGUGAGCCAGCAAUGGGGCUUUUGCUUGAGAAUUUGCUCCUGCUCCAAGCGAUGCCAGAAGCAAAUUCCCAAGUGGCCGGGGGGGGGUGCCCCGGUGUCCUGGCAUGGGACCAGCCCCAGGGCUGCCUGCAGGCACCGCUCUUCUCCUGAGGAGAGAUUUCAGGAUAAGACUGUGGUGGCAGCGAGUGCUGCCCAGGGGAGGCUGCCGCUGCCUGGGGGGCUCAGAAACACCACUGAGCUUAUACCAAAGAGUCUUAGGGCACCUCUCCUCACCUGAGUUGUAAACAAGUCAUUUUUACCCUGAAAAACAGUCCUUCUUUCUACUACUCUUCCUCCUAUCCUCCUCUUUCUCCCUCUUUGUACAUAAGGAUGAAAACUAUGCAUUUAGCAAACAAAGAGAAAGCACUUACCCUUUUCUAUCUCGCUGCGUUUGGGUGCAUUCAAAGGCCCAGGGGCUAAUUUUGAGACUUUGCUUAGCCUCCUGGUUUAUUAUUGUGGUGUGGUUAGCUUUACAAUACAUUUGGUAACUAUUUGCUAAAGACAAAGAAGCAAAAGGUAAGGAAUAGCUACUUCCACGUGUUAAAAAAAAAAAGAAAAAAAAAGAAAAAAAAAGUGUGUAAAGAUCUACUAUUUAUAGUGUGAACCAAAGAUGCUACCUCACUCGAUUUCCAUUGGUGAUUUUAAUCACAUUGAUGAUACCAAAGAAUACCAAAGAUUUUUCAUGCACGGCCUUGGUCUGGAAAGGGAACUCAUCCUCCUUCUUACCCCCGUCCCCCUGAUCCCCCUUCCUCACCUUCACUCAGUGUGUAACCUUGUCUUCAUUCUUAAUGGUAAUGCUAAUAACCUUACGAAUACUUCUUUGCUACAACUGCUACUACUGACGAUAAGGAUAAUGAUAAUAAUAAAGCUCUAGGCAAACAUGUUGCAAACUUUGUGAACUCAUAGGACGAGUGCCUUGCUUGAACCAAAGUGUUAAACCGCUGUUGACCUCUUUAUCUCUCACCUUAUACUCUUUGAAUACCUCAGCCUGUUAGAAAGGCCACUAAUGAAAAAGGAAUAAUUCUUCACCGUGGUGCUUUUUGCCGUGCAACCAUGCAAUGAAACUUUCUUUGAUACCAAAGGAAAAUGUUGUUUUCCACUUUCUUGCUGACAAACCAAAGGUUCCCUCUUCUUUCCCCCAAAGCAGCUUGAGUCCCUCAGCCCAGACAGGCCGUGCAUCUCUUUUACCAAUUCCUCCAAAUACCUCAUAGUAAUAAAUCUUUAGGGUUAUGUUGUAUAGAGAGUCUAUGUGAUAAGGCAGAACUUACUAGUUUGAUAAUUGUUAAGGUUACUUAAAAAAAGCUUUAUAAUUCUUAUUUAUUUUGUAGGGGUUGUUUUGUUUGUAUAUUCCUUUUAUAUUGUUUGGUUUGGGUUUCUUCUUUUUUCCUUUUUUUUUCCAGAACUUCUCUGUUAUACCCAAGGAAGAUCUUAUUCCUGGGAAUGUUUCAAAGUGGGUAAAGAUCGCUGUUUGUAAUGAAUGCAAGAAAGGGAAACAUGGCUUUUAUUUCUUUUGUUUCAACUAGGAUGCUUUGUGUUUGCUAGUCAAUGUUCUUUUCACAGGGUAAAAAAAAUAUUCUCUGCUGUGAUAAAUGGUUCCAAUUUUUUCUCUAUAAUGUGCUGUGAUUUUUAAUUUAAUUACAUUUUGUAUACGCUUAUUUAAUCACUGCUUUAAUUUAUGACUAUGUAGUUUUAAAAAACAAAAAUGUAUAUAGUAGAUUCAAAAAUGGCCAAAGCUUUAUGUUACAAUCUUUUCAUUCUUGAUGCCAAGAUGAACUGAAGGAGAGUGCUUCUCUUGACUGCAGGGUGUAUCUUCAGCCUUGUCUUGGCAUGCACUUCCACCUGUGUUACAAACACUGCCAGGUUAUCCCCCCAGGCCUCCCUACCCCACAACUUGUACAUGCCAAAAUGAGUGUUCCAAGGUAGUACUUUUGUCACUUAGAAAGCAGAAAGGCAUUAUUAGUGUGUUUUUCCUUUAAUUUAUUUGUCUUUUUCUAGAAAGGUUGCUUUGUGGGUGAAACCCGCACAUCCAAAGAAUUUAAAAGUCGUUUAAUGUUUAAAAGCACUGGCAUUUGUGAGAGACUUUGCUGAGUUUUUGUUUUCCUUCACCAUUCGCACGGGUAGCGCAAGUAGCAGGCGUAAGCCUUGGGAGAAAAUCUAGCUUGAAUUUAGAACCUUGCUCACGGAAAGGCCUUCGCCAGCCCCCCCAAGUACCCAUUGGGGUUGUCCUCCCCAGGACAUGCAGGGGACAGCUGAGGGGCGGCAGGUGAUGGGACGGUGUGGGCCAGCCUGGCUCAGAGAGCGGGCUAUCGCCAUGUCACCUGCUCUCCAGCCAGGGCCCACAGGUGGGGAUGGGUCAAGGUCCACAGGGCAGAGCCAAGUACCCCAGAGCUGUGGCUGCAUCCAGGCUCAGGGACCGCAGCAGAACCUCCGUGCCCUGGCUAUGCAACAUUUGUCUGAUGCCCUGUGCAACAUCCCUCCAAGGGGACUGGGUGCUGUGCCUGCCCCCAGCCCCCUUCCCAGCUCGAGGGAGGAAAAAGCAGUUUGAGUUGAAAAGCAAAACAAAGAGUAAUGACAAUGAUAAUUCUGCAAAGCUGAUGAUGGCAUCAUGGCACAGAAAAUAGGAUGCCACUCACCUGUAUUUUAUUUUGCAUAAAGAAUAGAUUCUGUUUCAACUAAAUGUUGUGUACUGACAUGGUUUGUGAUGGCUGUAAAUAUUUCCCUUUCCCCUGCAGUAGCUGAGCUCCAGGUGUACCUUAUUUUCUGUUGGGGGGAUAGCAGAGGGGUUGAGGGAGGGAAGGACAAGGGCAGGGUUUGAGCUUUUGGUCAGAAGUUACACUUUCUAGGUACAUUUUUCUACUUCAAGUAUUGAAACGGGGCAAUAAAGAUGCUCUGAAUGCAGGAUCAUUAAAUGGUCUGUUGGUAAGCAUUGGCUAAAUAUCUACUUUUAAUACAUAAACUAAUGCUGUGCAAUGAGUUACACUUCACAUGGAGGGAGAGAGACAAAGUAUUAGUCUAUUAAUCCAGCAUGAGCCAUUGAGCACUGUGCUUAGGAAGACAUGGUUUCUCUUCCUGUUCCAGUAGUUUGGUUUUUCAUGGUCUGUUCUGCAUUUAUUGCAUCCUCGCUGUGGAACCGUGUUAGUUUUGCAGUCUGAACCAAACAACAAUAUUAAAUGAAAAUAAACUUUAAAGCAUUGUCUUUUACUUGCUUUUGUAGUUGUCUUCAUAACCCCCUGCCCGCAGUCCAGACCCAGCUGAGAUGGAGCUUGGGCCAGACUGGUCCCUGCCGCCCCCCACCCCGCUCCACAGCCCGCGCCCCGCACCGCCCCCUCCACCUUCACGUUAGGUCCGUCCGCCACCACGCAAAGAGGGUGCCCGAGACAAUCACAGGUCCCAGAUCCAUAGAGGUAGGAAAUUUCCAAGAGCGAGAGGGAGUGCUUCCAGAGCAAUGAAACGAAACAAAACAAAACAAAACAAAAAUUAAAAAAGAAAACAAAGCAAAGAUUUUGAUAAAAGUCAACUUUGCUGUCAUUUUUAGUUUGCCCAUUAGGAAGCAGUAGUAGUUUAUGCAUUGCAUCUGCAUUUCAGACUAAGUGAUUAUUGUACCUAAUUACGGUUGAUUGCUAAUAUUUCCUCAAUCUCUCUCUUAGUCAAGCGCUUCUUCUGUCUUUUUGUGUGUAGCGACGACAAGUGUAAUGCUCUAGGCAUUAUUCUGGUUUGGUUAUGAGUAUCUCCUGUACUGCGUUAAGAUUUCCUUAAGUUACUUUUUUUAAGCUUUGCUACUGUUCUCACUUUAUGCCGUGCAAUAUCAUCUGCUGUGUUUGCUAAGCAAAAAAAAAAAAAAAAGGAAAAGAAAAAAAAAAGAAAAAAAAGCAAGUGAUGAUGUCAUCAUGCUUUUCAGUGUUACAAUGUUUCAGCGUUUAUGUAGUCACAAAAAUGUAGUAAAUAAAAGGUUGGAUUUUCCAGCACUUUAAAUUUAAA